UGCAUCCUAACGUGAGCCAGGGUUGCCAAGGAGGGUGUGCUACAUGUUCUGACUACAACGGAUGCCUGUCAUGUAAGCCCAGGCUGUUUUUUGUUCUGGAGAGGAUUGGUAUGAAACAGAUCGGAGUAUGUCUUUCCUCGUGUCCAAGCGGAUACUAUGGGACACGGUAUCCCGACAUUAAUAAGUGUGCAAAAUGUAAAGCUGACUGUGAUACCUGCUUCACCAGAAACUUCUGCACAAAGUGUAAAAGUGGGUUUUACUUGUACAGUGGAAAGUGCCUUGAAAAGUGCCCUGAUGGGCUGGAAGCCAACAAUCACACGAUGGAGUGCACUAGCAUCGUGCACUGUGAAGCUAGUGAGUGGAGUCCAUGGAGCCCUUGCACAAAGAAAGGAAAAACAUGUGGUUUCAAAAGAGGAAAUGAAGUAAGGGUCAGAGAGAUCGUACAGCAUCCAUCAGCAAGGGGCAAUCCUUGCCCAGCUACAAGCGAGAGCAGAAAAUGUAUUGUACAAAGAAAGAGAUGUCAGAAGGAAGGAAAAG